AUGGAAGCCCCCAUCUGUGAAGACCCUAUGGGACUCGAAAAUGGUGAGAUGUCCCCGAACCAAAUUGUGGUGUCGUCUGUUCUGGAUGACAGAGAAAGUUACUAUGGGAAAGCAAACCUUCCCCUGAACAGCAAGGCAUCCUUUGUAGCAUCUGCUGGAGCUUGGGUUGCAAAGCCAAAGCCUGAUCAGUACGUUAGGUUUAAUUUCUUGGAGCCAAGUAAGAUUUCUGGCAUCCUCACACAAGGACGUUCAGACAGUGAUGACUGGGUCGAAUCUUUCACUGUUCGUUAUUCUCCAGAUGGAAAGACAUGGAAUAGCAUUCUCAAUCCAGAUGGAUCCGAAAAGGUAUUCCCUGGCAAUUAUGAUCGAGAUUCUGUUGUGAAGACAAAGUUCGACAGAGUUAUUCAAGCACAGUUUUUGGAAAUUAGACCCAAGACUUGGAAGAACAAUAUUGCCAUGAGAGCUGAGGUUUUGGGUUGUUUCCAUCCUUAUCCGGAGGUAACAACUACUGAAGCUCCAUUCACCACCACCUUGAUUCCUCCACCACCUUACUGCGACGCUUGUCCUGGUUUGCCAGAAGAGUUUUAUGAUCGCUGUAAUCCAUGUUCCAGUGGAACAUUCUUUGAUGGAAAGUUCUGCGUAGCAAAGGCAAUGUGCCCAUGUUAUGAGGAUGGCAUUAGGUAUGAAACUGGUUCAUUAUUUGAGUCCAGAGACUGUAAAGUGUGUGAAUGUAUAAUUGGAGGAGAGGGAGAGGCAAAAUGUCAAGAAAAGAAGUGUCCACCAUGCAAGGAUGAAAAUGAAUAUAGCGUUGUAACAUCUCUGUGCACAUGUAUUUGUAAGACUUGCCCAGAAGGUACCAAGUUAUGCCCUUCAAGUAAUUAUUGCCUGAAUGAGACUAACUGGUGUAAUGGUAUCGAAGACUGUCCUGAUGACGAAGUGGAUUGUCCUCCUCCAACGCCUGAAAUACCAAAGGGCUGCCCAACCAAAGAGUGUCCAGACCCAUGGGUAAUGAAAGUUCAGAAGGUAAAAGGACGAUGCCCAUCUGUAACAUGUGAGCUUCCUGAGAUGACUACUCCAAUGCCUUGUCCAAUACCUCACUGUCCAUUGCAGUUUGAUAUUGUAUUCUCUCAUAAGAAGCCAGGAGAAGUUUGUCCUACAUACAAAUGUAUUCCACCCAUCACUACUAUGGAACCUCCUACUUGUCCUCCUCCUGUGUGUCCCGAUGGUUAUGUAGUACAAGAAAGUCAAGAUUAUGAAAUACAGUCUACAUCAUCAGAUGACUGGUGUCCUCAUUACCAGUGCAUCCCUCCUGUUACUCCUACAGCCCCAUGCCCACCACCCUCAUGUCCACAGGGAUAUGAAGUGAACUAUAAGGAUUCAAAGGAGCCCAUUGAACUAUGUCCUGAAUAUGAUUGUACCCCUAUCAUCACAACAACAAUGUGUCCACCUGUUGAGUGUCCUGAUGAUCUACGAGUCAUGUAUAUAGAAAGCCUAGAUGGAUCUGUGUGUCCUCAGUACUCAUGUGUCCAGAUGACCACACCAUACCCAACCACAACUGAGACUCCAUUCCCACAGUGUCCUCCUGUUGGUGGAGGGAGGGACGACUUCGCGCCAAUUACUGCUGAUGGUCGGCGGCCUGCUGCGCCCUCAGCUGUCGGUGCUCCAGUGUGUGAUCCCCUGGCUGCAGCCGACACAAAGGGUCCGCUAUCCACGAGAAGUCAUCUAGGCGGGGGCAGGAUCAUCAAGGGCGGCGGCAGCAGGGCGGCGGCAGCAGGGGUGGUUGCAGCUGGGGUGGUGGCAGCAGGGGCGGCGGCAGCAGGGGCGGCGGCAGCAGGGGCGGCGGCAGCAGGGGCGGCGAUCUGCAGCUCGGGGCAGGGGGCCAGUGAUGGAAGGCCACUCAUCGGGAUUAAAGUUGAUGAGGGCAUUCCCAGCUACCUCAAGAAACUGGAUGUGGGACAACCUAUGGACGUCUGGAUUGUAGUACCCUCAGCAGAGGAUGUAUUCCAGCAAUUCCAGCGUAAGGAACAGCUGAAUGAACCCCAGAGCAGUGAGAGGAACAGGUACAAUGAGCCCUGGUGCUGCCAUGAAUGGGUGCAUGUUAGGUGGGGUGGGGUCCUUGUCGCUCUUGGACGACCGACCUUCACCUUGGCUGGUACGACGCUCUGA